CAUGGCUUAAUCAUUAGAUUUUCCGUUCAAUUGAUUCAAGUUCAGUCAAAGGGUUUCCGAAGGACCCAAAGGAAGCUACUGGAAGAAAUCUUCUAUGUGGGAAGAAUAUUCUCAUAGAUAUGAGCAUACACGCAGCUUAUGUUAAGGCCAUACGGUCAGCUCAGCACUUCAUCUACAUUGAAAACCAAUAUUUUCUUGGAUCAUCAUUCAACUGGGAUUCGAACAAGGACUUGGGUGCUAAUAAUCUAAUCCCGAUGGAAAUCGCACUUAAGAUUGCUAAUAAGAUUAGAGCAAGGGAGAAGUUUGCUGCUUAUAUUGUCAUUCCAAUGUGGCCGGAAGGUGCUCCAACAAGUAACCCUAUUCAGAGGAUUCUCUACUGGCAGCACAAAACAAUGCAAAUGAUGUAUCAAACCAUCCACAAGGCACUUGUUGAAGUUGGUCUUGAUGGCCAGUUGGAGCCACAAGACUUUUUGAACUUUUUCUGUCUUGGAACCAGAGAGGUCCCUGAUGGAACAGUUAGCGUAUAUAAUAGUCCACGGACUCCACCCCAGCCAAAUGCAAAUGCAAAUUCUUCACAGGUGCAAGCUUUGAAGAGUCGGAGAUUCAUGAUAUAUGUUCAUUCCAAAGGUAUGGUAGUGGAUGAUGAGUUUGUCUUAAUUGGUUCCGCGAAUAUCAACCAGAGAUCCUUGGAAGGAACUAGAGACACUGAAAUCGCCAUGGGAGGGUAUCAGCCUCACCAUUCAUGGGCUAUGAAAGGUUCUCGUCCUCGUGGUCAGAUUUUUGGAUAUAGAAUGUCCUUAUGGGCAGAACAUCUAGGGUUUCUAGAGCAAGGUUUCGAGGAACCAGAGAACAUGGAAUGCGUAAGACGGGUAAGGCAAUUGAGUGAGCUCAAUUGGAGACAGUAUGCAGCAGAGGAGGUAACAGAGAUGCAAGGUCAUCUUCUCAAGUAUCCAGUUCACGUCGAUAGAACAGGCAAAGUGAGUUUUCUUCCUGGAUGCGAGACAUUCCCAGAUCUCGGUGGCAAGAUCAUAGGCUCAUUCCUUGCGCUCCAAGAAAACCUCACCAUCUAAAAUAUUUGUUCUUUGUUUUUUCCACUUCAAAAAGUAGCUCUCUGAGUGUGAUCUGAAUGAAAAGUGUGCCUUUAGGGUCUACGUGCUGUAAAUUUAUUUUUUCCAAUUAUUUCAACUGAUGAUCUAUCAUAGUGUGUUUUGGACUUUUUCUACUGCUACUUCCAAUUUGCGUUA